AUGUCAAAUACUCAGUCAUUGGAUAUCCCUGAAGUUCUUAAAGAAGAUGACAGACCAAAGUGGGACAAUAAAUUCCAGUAUAUUUUAAGCUGUGUUGGAUUUGCAGUAGGCCUGGGAAAUGUGUGGAGAUUUCCAUACUUGUGUCAAAUAUAUGGAGGAGGGGCAUUCUUGAUCCCAUACGUCAUAGCACUUAUCUUUGAAGGAAUCCCAUUGUUUCAUCUUGAACUAGCCAUAGGACAGCGCUUGAGAAAAGGCAGCAUUGGUGUCUGGAAUACCAUCUCACCUUACUUUGGAGGAGUUGGUAUUGCUUCAUUGAUGGUGUCGUUCAUCGUGAGUUUAUAUUAUAACACCAUUUUAGCCUGGGUGAUGUGGUAUUUCAUUAACUCAUUCCAAGAGCCCCUUCCUUGGAGCGCUUGCCCACUAAAUGGGAACAGAACAGGAUACAUUGAAGAAUGCCAUGAAAGUACUGCAGUAAAUUACUUCUGGUACAGGAAAGCUUUAAACAUAGGCUCUGAUAUCACUGACAGUGGCAACUUACAAUGGUGGUUAGUUUUGUGCUUGGCCAUUUGCUGGGCAAUUGUGUACGUAUGUACCAUUCGAGGAAUUGAAUCGACAGGAAAGGCUAUUUAUGUAACAGCCAUAUUUCCUUAUCUGGUCCUAACUAUAUUCCUUAUUCGUGGACUCACUCUACCAGGAGCCACUGAAGGUUUAGUUUACUUCUUCACUCCUAAUAUGAACAUUCUCAAAAACCCCCGUGUAUGGCUUGAUGCAGCCACCCAGAUAUUUUUUUCUCUCUCCUUGGCUUUUGGAGGACUUAUAGCAUUCUCAAGCUACAACUCACCAAAAAAUGACUGUGAGAAGGAUGCUGUGACAAUAGCAAUUGUAAACAGUAUGACAUCACUGUAUGCCUCCAUCCCAAUUUUUUCUAUUUUGGGGUUUAAGGCAACCACUCGUUACUGGGACUGCCUGGACAGGAACAUUAUCGGUAUCAUCAAUGAAUUUGAUCUUCCGGACCAAAGCAUCAUGAGAGACAACUAUACAAUCUGGUUUGGAUUCCUGAAUACAACCCAUCCAAAAAAAAUCGCUAGUCUCAAAUUGAGAAGUUGUGACCUUCAAGAAUUUCUUGAGCAGAGUGCAUCUGGAACUGGUCUUGCCUUUAUUGUUUUCACUGAAGCAAUUAUUCUGAUGCCUGGCUCACAGGGCUGGGCUGUCCUGUUUUUUGUAAUGCUGUUCAGCUUAGGUCUUUCGUCUAUGUUUGGAAACAUUGAGGGAAUUUUGACUCCUCUCUUGGAGCUUCAUGUUGUAUCUAAAUCUGUACCUAAGGAAGUUCUAUCAGGUGUAAUAUGCCUGGUCUCCUUUGUGACAGCUCUAUGUUUUACCCUGAGGUCUGGCAGUUACUGGCUUGAAGUUUUUGACAGUUAUGCGGGUUCCUUGCCUUUGCUAAUCAUCGCUUUCUUUGAAGUGACUGGUGUUGUCUAUGUUUAUGGAAUUAAAAGGUUCAGUGAUGAUGUGAAAUGGAUGACAGGACGACAACCAAACUUCUACUGGCAGGUGUCAUGGAGAAUUAUUAGCCCUCUGCUGAUGCUUACAGUCUUUAUUGCCUUUGUUACCCUUCAGACACAGAAGCAACCAAGCUAUGGAGCCUGGAAUCCUAAAUAUAAAGAUUUUCCCAUGAAGGAGGAGAAAGACUAUCCAGCUUGGAUACUGGCCAUUUGUGUGCUGUUGGUAGUCCUCCCUUGUAUAUUCAUACCUAUGGUAGCAUUUUAUCAUCUGAUCAAAAGAGUGCUAGGAAGGAGAAAGAAGGAAGGAACCUAG